GGAAUUCUCACCAAAUGAGUGAUCAUUUCGAAGCAAACGCCCGUUUUAAGAGGUGAUAUUCUCUUAAUCGCGAUCGGAUGCUAGGUUACCAAGAUCGUCAUCUGGAGGUAAUAAGAAUUUAAAAGAAAAUGAAGAUUCACAGCGGAGAGGCAAUAUUCUUCUUGCUGUUGAUGUUUUGUGUCUUGGAGUGUGUUUGGUGUCAUGCCCGCUUGAUGGAGCCACCAUCGAGAUCGAGCAUGUGGAGAUUCGGCUAUGGAACGCCAAAAAAUUACGACGAUGAUGGUUUAUACUGCGGCGGAAUCAAGACGCAGUGGAAGCAAAAUGGUGGCAAGUGCGGAGUUUGUGGAGACCCAUGGCAUAUACCAUCGCCUCGACCAAACGAAAUAGGCGGAAAAUAUGGACAUGGAAUUAUUGUUAGGAGUUACAAAACCGCUCAGGUAAUACCAGUUGUUGUUGACAUAACAGCAAAUCACAGGGGCUUCUUUGAAUUUCGAGUCUGCCCUAGCAAACAUGAGAUGAAAGAAGUUACUCAAGACUGCCUAGACAGAUACAUCUUAAAAAUUCGAAACAAAACAAGUACUAGAUAUUACGUCCAAAAACAUGGAAAAUCCAGAGUUAUACUCGAGGUGCAACUUCCCAGAAGCCUAACUUGCAAACACUGCGUUUUUCAGUGGACAUAUAUAGCAGGUAACAAUUGGGGUAAAUGCAAGGAUGGAUCCCAUGCUCUGGGUUGUGGUCCACAAGAAACAUUUAAGGCCUGCGCCGAUAUAUCUAUUGGAGAAAAGUCAUCAAUUCUCGCCCAGCCCAUCAAUACAACACUCUUUCAAAAUACGGUGAAAGAUAAAAAGAAAUUCCCUGUCUUCACACCCUUUGUCAUCCGUGGAACAACAUUUGAAGAAGCUUUGGAGAACAUCAAGAAAAACCCAAAGCUUAGAUGGAUGCUGAAACCAAAGAAGUCAGAUUCUUAAGUCGUCUUCACAAAUGAUUCAAAUUAAGGUCGAGAAAGGGUGAAAGAUUUAAGAAAUUUUUCAACCAAAUCAAACUCACAACAGUGACUUUCGAACUCUACAUGCAUCAUUUUUACCAAAUGAAAUUCUAACUCAUUGUGUGAAAUGAAGCGAAGCGAAUGGGGGGGGAGGUGAGAAAUGAUUUUGAAGUUGAACACUAUUUCGUAAAGGCAUCUUUUACAAUGCUAAAGAGAUGUUAUAUAUUGUAUUUCAUAAUGAGCUUGUUAAUAUCAUUACUACGCAGAAAGUCAUCUUAUUUAUUUUCUAUAAAAGUGUGUAUCUUUAUGUAAAAAUAAACAUUUUUGUUCCGCUC